GGAGCCCUUGACCAUGGCGGCCCUGGCAGCCACACUAUCCAAGCGCCAUGCUGCGGCUGAGGGUCUUGGCUCCAACCAGAAAGCCGUGAAGUACUUGGGCCAGGACUUUGAGACCCUGAGGCAGCAAUGCUUGGACUCAGGGGUCCUAUUUAAGGACCCAGAGUUCCCAGCAUGCCCAUCAGCCUUGGGCUACAAGGAUCUCGGACCACACUCCCCUCAAACUCAAGGCAUUGUCUGGAAGCGGCCCACGGAAUUGUGUCCCAGCCCUCAGUUUAUCGUUGGCGGAGCCACGCGCACAGACGUUUGUCAGGGUGCUUUAGGUGACUGCUGGCUGCUGGCGGCCAUCGCCUCCCUCACCUUGAACGAAGAGCUGCUUUACCGCGUGGUGCCCAGGGACCAGAACUUCCAGGAGAACUACGCAGGAAUCUUUCACUUUCAGUUCUGGCAGUACGGCGAGUGGGUGGAGGUGGUCGUGGAUGACAGGCUGCCCACCAGGGCCGGGGAGCUGCUCUUCCUGCACUCCGGAGAGGGCCGAGAGUUCUGGAGUGCGCUGCUGGAGAAGGCCUAUGCCAAGCUCAACGGCUCUUACGAGGCUCUCGCUGGAGGGUCCACAGUGGAGGGGUUUGAGGAUUUCACAGGUGGCAUCUCUGAGUUUUAUGACCUGAAGAAGCCGCCAGCCAGCUUGUAUCAGAUCGUCCGCAAGGCCCUCCGUGCGGGGUCUCUGCUGGCCUGCUCCAUUGAUGUCUCCAGUGCAGCUGAAGCAGAAGCCAUCACUAGCCAGAAGCUGGUUAAGAGUCACGCCUACUCCAUCACUGGAGCGGAAGAGGUGGAUUUCCGGGGCCAUCGGGAGAAGCUGAUCCGACUCAGGAACCCCUGGGGCCAAGUGGAGUGGACCGGGGCCUGGAGCGACAAUGCACCAGAAUGGAAUUACAUAGAUCCCAGACAGAAAGAAGGGCUGGACAAGAAAGCCGAGGAUGGAGAGUUUUGGAUGUCUUUUUCGGAUUUCUUGAAGCAGUUCUCUCGGCUGGAGAUCUGCAACCUCUCCCCCGACUCCCUGAGCAGUGAUGAGGUGCAAAAGUGGAAUCUGGUUCUGUUCAAUGGGCGCUGGACACGGGGCUCCACGGCUGGUGGCUGCCAGAACUACCCAGCCACUUACUGGACCAAUCCGCAGUUCAAAAUCCAUCUGGACGAGGUGGAUGACCACCAGGAGGAGGGCGUUGCUGAAGCCUGCUGCACGGUGCUGCUGGGGCUGAUGCAGAAGAACCGUAGGCGACAGAAGAGGAUGGGACAGGGCCUGCUCAGCAUCGGCUAUGCUGUCUACCAGGUCCCCAAAGAGCUGGAGAGUCCCACGGACGCGCACCUGGGCCGGGACUUCUUCCUGGGCCGCCAGCCCUCCGCCCGCUCCAGCACCUACGUCAACCUGCGCGAGGUCUCCGCGCGCCUGCGCCUGCCGCCGGGGGCGUACGUGGUCGUGCCGUCCACCUUCGAGCCCUUCCGGGACGGCGACUUCUGCCUGCGGGUGUUCUCCGAGAAGAAGGCCGAGGCCCUGGAAAUUGGGGAUGUGGUAGCUGGAAACCCACAUGAGCCACACCCCAGCGAGGUGGCUCAAGAAGAUGGUCCGCUCCAGAGCCUGUUUGAGAAGCUUGCAGGGAAGGAUUCUGAGCUUGGUGCCAAUGAACUCAAGACAGCUCUGAACGAGGUGUUUUCCAAGCGACCUGACAUAAAAUUCAACGGCUUCGACAUCAACACUUGCAGGGAGAUGAUCAGCCUGAUGGAUAGCAAUGGGACAGGCACCUUGGGGCUGGUGGAAUUCAAGACACUCUGGUGGAAGAUUGAGAAGUAUCUGGAGAUCUACCGGGAAACCGAUGCUAAGCACUUGGGGACCAUCGAUGCCCAUGAGAUGAGGGCGGCCCUCCAGAAGGCAGGUUUCACCCUCAACAACCAGGUACAGCAGACCAUCGUCACGCGGUAUGCGUGCAGCAAACUGGGCAUCGACUUUGACGGCUUCCUCGCUUGUAUGAUCCGCCUGGAGACCCUCUUCAAAGUCUUCAGCCUUCUGGACAAGGACCAGAAUGGCAUCGUCCGGCUCUCUCUGGCUGAGUGGCUGUGCUGUGUGCUGGUCUGACCCAGGGUUUUGGACCUCAUCGGUGAUGCUCCGUGCCCACCUGCCUGCCUCUUUUCUCCCCUUCUUGACAGUUCUGGGAACAGUUAUCCUCAAGGGGGCAUUCACUGUUAUUCCUCUCUUCUUUGCCUGUUGUUGUUCCCUGAGAGCCUGGCCUGUCUCGAUGGAACAGCCCCAGGAGCUGGAGAUCAGCAGCAUUUAAGCUGAUCUCGGGGCAUAGGGGAGGGACAAAUUAAUUAAAGUCAUGGCCCACA